CUUGGUCUUCGAAUAUACAAAACUGACUGCAAAACGACCAUCAUUCCAAAGACCUCUGGUAUUUGCUGCAGUGGUUUGGCAUUUGUACAUGAAUGUUAUCACAAAACGGGGGAUGGAGCAACUUGAACUUCUCUAGCGUUAAAUCUGUUGUCUUGGCCGGGAAACUUCAUCUUCUGGUCAUCUUAAUUGAUGUUCAUGUGCCAAUCACGAAGUUUUGUUUUCCAGCCGGAUGAAGAUGAGUAUGACCAGAAGGUACUGCCGUUGAUGCUGGAGCUGGAGGAGAUGGGCUUCAGCAGCGGCAUGCGCCACGUCUGCCGCAGGCAGUACCAGCUCAAUUGUAACUGGAAGCUGAUCGUGGACAACGCGUCAGACGGCGGGUAUCAUCUGGAGUACGUUCACCGCGAUCUGUCGUCCAAUCUGGACCUUAGUACCUUCCGCACAGAGGUGGGGGAUAUUUACAACAUGCAGGUGUGCAUCGGCAAAGCAGACGGCGGUGAUAGUGCAAAACGACAGCGCAUUGGGACGAAGGCGGUGUACUCCUGCAUCUAUCCGAACCUACUGGUUAACAGGUACGGUCCUUGGUUGGACAUCAACAUCGUGCUUCCGCUGGGGCCCGACCGCUCUUUGAUGAUCUAUGACUUUUACCUGAAGGAGACAUUUGCGAACGAGAUGAGCGAGACAGAGCUGGCAAACUUCAUCGACCAGAGCCUUCAGGACAGUGACCAGGUCCAGCAGGAGGACACGAGGGUGUGUGAGGGGGUUCAGAGGGGCAUGGAGUCCACUGCGUUCGACGUGGGACGGUACGCGCCCGGACCGGAAAUGCCCGUGCACGCCUUCCACCUCCAACUGGCGCGGGAUCUGAGGGCAGGGCUGGAGUCAAUGGACAUUUCCUGCUGAAGGAAUCGUCAGGCAAAGCCUGUUUUUAGCUUUCUCUAUCAAUGCCUUUAUGGGGAAUUGUGCAAUUGAAUAAGGGGUGUAAUUGAAUAAUGUUAAAAUAUAAUAAUGAUUAAAAAAAAAUAUUCAAGCUAAGGUAAAUACAAAUGGGUGCUCCAAUAAUGGUACCAAGAACGAUAUAUGUAAUCUAUAUAAUGUAAUCAUGUAUGAAUCCCUUGCUUUAAGACGCACACAUACUAGUAUGUAAAAAGUCCAUUUGUGCACAUGGAGGUUUAGGUAGAUUUAUUGGAAUCACUGUAGGAAAGCGCGUGGCAUUUGCUGUAAGCCACACAUGGUAAGCCGUUUUAAUGGUUAUGUUACACUGGUGGUAGAUUGGUAAGAAAUUCAACCUGGUAUUAUUAGGCAGGCCUUCAUUUGUCCGUUAGGUUAGUCUAUGGUUCUACAUGUAAUAUACACAAAAAUGGAAUUAAAAACUGCUUUACUCUG